AAUAAAGAAGCAAAAGAGAUAUAAAUAUGGUGCAAAAGAUGACAUAGAACAGAGAAGAUGCACAGAGACCACCAUCCAAUGAUUUAAAUGUAUAUAUGCGGUAACCCUCUAACCACGUGGCGAAUUACCAUUCCUCCUCAUUUGCCCCCGAAUGAUAGUCUUUUCAACUCACCGGAAAGAGACACAGAAACACUACAGAGAGAGAGAGAAAGAGGUAUAGUGUUUGAGAAGAGAGAAAGAGAGAGAUAAUGAAUCAAGAUGAGUUGUUAGGAACGCUAAGAUACGCCAGCAAGGCGCAGGAUAAGGUUUCCAUCGACACUCUCAUGCUCCGGUACCGUCCGAUCGCUCCAAAACCAACAACUGGUCAGCCAUGCGAUGACAACAAGAACUCAUCAUACGGUAUGAGCAAACGAACCAAACGAAAGUACGUUAGGGUUUCAAAGAAUAAUAACAUCACGUGUCGAAGAAAGAACAGAUCUGACGUGUCUGAUCAACGAGAACAAGCUGGAGCCGUGACACUGCAACUCAUGCCGGAAAAGUCCGUUCUCACAGGCGACUCCACGCCGUUAGAUCAAGAUAGUCUCGAUCCGUUGGUGAAAACGAUAACCGGAGAGGAAACACGAGAAACCAACACGUGGACCAUGUUUAACGGCGGCUUCACGGCGGAGAUAGAGACGUGGGUGACGGUGGAGUCCGUUACUGGCGUAUCUGACGGUAGUUCUAGUUUUCAUACAGUGGAGUGUACGGACGUUGAGAUGGUGGAUAACCUAAGUAAGGACACGUGUCCAUCGUUCGUAUCUGAUGCCUCGAACCGAGUGGUGUGGGUAAACGAGGCUUACCGGAGAAAUGUUUCCGGUGAAGAUCCGUCGUUGACGGAUGUUACGGUGUGGUUGGUGAUGGAGGAGUCGACGGUGGGGAUGAUGUAUUGCAACUACAGAGCAUUCACGUGUAGGGUGAGGAUGCAGUACACGUGUCGGGAAACAAAGUAUACCAAAACGGUGCCGUGUGAUGUGUGGAAAAUGGAGUUUGGUGGCUUUGCAUGGAGGCUAGAUACAACAGCUGCUCUCACUCUCUGGCUUUGAUGCUGGUUGCUGCUUCAAGCAGGAGGGUAAGAACUUUAAUUAUCGUUGAGCUAUGUGAUCGAGAAGUGUUAAUCACAAGCUUUUUUAUCACUUUAGCAACUUUCUUUAGGCGUAAUAGAUUAUAUAUAGAGAAGCUUGAAGAAAUUGAGAAAAUAAUAUUUAAAAAAAAAUCAAGAACCAAGGUGAUGACAAUGUCGAGAUGUAUGGAGAAGCUUAAAUAUAUAGUACAUGUCGUAAUAAUGUCAAACGUUUAUUGGCAAAGAUUAAAUAAAAAGAGGCCAUUAAUUGUAUGGUUUUGUACUAAUGUCAUCUUCUAUCUUUAUUUUUUAAAAUAUAACAUACAGUGUGUUUUAAGAUAUCAACGUUAUUUAUUAUUGUAUA